UCCGCCUCUAGGAAGGGCUUCCGGUUGGAGUGUUUUGUCCAAGAUGGCGUCGGCGGCGUCGUCUGCGGAGCUGCAUCAACUCCAGGGCAGGCUGGAGGCCCUCGAGGGGCGCGUCUUCGGGGCCCCCGCCGGGAAGGACGCCUCCGGAUCCGCCAGGAAGAUAGGAGACGGCUUAGGCAAAGUACAGGUGACUUUGAACAACAUAGCAAGUAAAAGAGAAAGGGUUAAAAUCCUUUUCAAAAAAAUUGAAGACAUCAUAAAAUACUUGGAUCCUCAAUACAUUGAUCGAAUGGCCAUUCCAGAUGCGAUGAAGCUGCAAUUUAUCUUGGCAGAGGAGCAGUCCAUCAUGGCUCAGGUGGCACUUCUGGAGCAGGUCAGCAGCCUGCAACCUUACCUGGACAGCGCCCACAUCAAAGCCGCUCCUGAUCACGCGGCCAAACUGCAGCGACUUUCACAGAUCCACAUUCAGCAGCAGGACCAGAGUGAAGCGGUGACGGAGAACGUCCGGUUACUCCUGGAUGAUUACAACACAAUGACGCUUCUCCUGUCUAAACAGUUUGUCCAGUGGGAUGAAUUGCUGACCAAACUGGAAGCCGCAAAGCAAGUGAAGCCUGCGCCCGAGUGAAGGCAGGGCCCUGUGUCUCCUUGCAUAAUAUUUCCUUUUAAGAAAGCAACUUCUCUCCUCCUUUAGAUCCGAGAGCAUCAUCUCCCGGACCCUUGAGUUGGUGCCUCAAGAAUUGCUGGGAUGUUUAUCGGAAGCCAGACUUGUUUAUCAGAUGGUUGGCGAUCUUAAAGUGGAGCGACACCUCUGUCUGUGUGUUCUGUUUUUCUUCUUCUGACUUAACAAUUCCCCUUAAGUUAUUUUUUGCUUUCCAUUUAUCCCACCAGUUGGCAUUGCAUGACCCAUCAUUCUAGUUGCUGUUACUAUGGACCACAAUAAAACUCGAAUGACUCCCACAGUA